AUGCUAGCGUAUCCUUGGGGCCACCGUACAUCCUAUGUCCAAGAUCGUGCCGAGCAGUACGGACCACCUCAUGUUUCCCCACAUCCCCACGUGGCUCGCAACUACUGCGUCCGAGGUCGGUCAGUGGUUCCCGACCCUAUCCAUCGGGCAUUAGACCUGGCCAUCGGCAUUUUAACUACGCCACGCGAUCCAACACCUCGUCGCUCGAGAGCUCCGAGGCCACCCAAUCAGAGCACACCAAAACCGCUCCUCCGUGGCAGAUCGGUGUGUCGGCGAUCACCCCACCGCUAUUCGCUCGUCGCGUCUCGUCCGCGCGACAAACCACUGACCGAAGCGUCGGCGGCAGUAAUGAUUCAGACUUGUGUCUGGAGUCGAGGAGGCGGCGACAGCACGCUGUAUCGCUCCAGCCAACCUCUCCCACCUCCCCGUCUGCCAGCGUACCAGCUUACCUUUCAGAGCAAGACGUUAAAGUAA